GACGGAGCUUCGGUUUCUGAAUGGAACUCCUCUCUCCCUGCACAGGGAGGUGGACCCACAACCUCCUCCGACUAGGGUGUGGACGUUAGUGUCCGACAGACUGCCCUUACCAUCCCCGUCUCUCCACUCCAGCCAGAGUCGCCACUUCACCAGAUCCCACCCUCAGCUCAGAGGCCCCACCAAGCCCACCUGUCCUGUGACUGAAUGUACCACUGCUCUCCACCUGUGGCAUCCAGGUACUGCUGCAUCACACGCCUCUCCCAGGGAGCUCCUGGUAGGGGACGAAGGAUUCCACCAGUACGAGGAGUGAGGGGGUGCUGCAAUGGAUGACAUCUUCACCCAGUGCAGAGAGGGCAACGCUGUAGCUGUCCGCCUUUGGCUGGACAACACGGAAAAUGACCUUAAUCAGGGCGAUGAUCACGGCUUCAGUCCGCUGCACUGGGCGUGCCGCGAGGGUCGCUCCGGAGUGGUGGACAUGCUCAUCAUGAGAGGUGCCCGCAUCAACGUGAUGAACCGCGGAGAUGACACCCCGCUCCACCUGGCUGCCAGCCAUGGGCACCGUGAAAUUCUGGGCAAGCUGAUCCAGUGCAAAGCAGACACCAAUGCAGCUAACGAGCAUGGCAACACCCCACUCCACUAUGCCUGCUUCUGGGGCCACGACCUGGUGGCUGAGGAUCUGGUCAGUAAUGGUGCUCAGGUGAGCAUCUGCAACAAAUAUGGCGAAACUCCAAUGGACAAAGCCAAGCCACACCUGCGUGACCGUCUGAAAGAAAUGGCUGAGAAGCAGGGACAGAGUCUGACCAAAGUCCCCUUCAAGGACACAUUCUGGAAGGGCACAACCCGAACACGACCACGCAACGGCACACUAAAUAAACACGCUGGCAUAGACUACAAGCAGCUCUCAUUUAUGGCCAAGAUCAAUGAGAACCACUCUGGAGAGUUGUGGAAGGGCCGUUGGCAAGGCACUGAGAUUGUGGUGAAAGUGUUCCAUAUUCGGGACUGGACCACCAGAAAGAGCCGGGACUUUAACGAGGAGUAUCCCAAACUAAGAAUCUUUUCCCACCCUAACGUGUUGCCCAUGUUGGGGGCUUGUCAGGCGCCCCCUGCUCCCCACCCCAUCAUCAUCACACACUGGAUGCCCUACGGCUCUCUUUACAACGUGCUGCAUGAGGGCACUAACUUUGUGGUGGAUCAGAUGCAGGCGGUGAAGUUUGCGCUUGAUAUUGCGCGUGGUAUGGCCUUCCUGCACACUCUAGAGCCCAUGAUCCCACGCCACUAUCUCAACAGCAAGAGUGUCAUGAUUGAUGAAGACAUGACGGCCAGGAUAAGCAUGGCGGACGUGAAGUUCUCCUUCCAGUGUCCUGGCAGGAUGUAUUCUCCAGCAUGGAUGGCCCCUGAAGCCUUGCAGAAGAAGCCAGAGGAGAUAAACAGACGUUCUGCAGACAUGUGGAGCUUUGCUGUGUUGCUCUGGGAGCUGGUCACUAGAGAGGUUCCUUUUGCUGACCUCUCCAACAUGGAGAUUGGCAUGAAGGUGGCACUAGAGGGUCUGCGUCCCACCAUCCCUCCUGGCAUCUCGCCCCACAUCUGCAAACUCAUGAGAAUCUGCAUGAACGAGGAUCCGGCCAAGAGGCCCAAAUUCGACAUGAUCGUGCCCAUCCUGGAGAAGAUGCAAGACAAAUGAACGACCCUGCCUGAGAAACCACCACCCACCCCCAACAUAUGCACACCUCCCCUGCUCAUCUAACCCCCUCUCCUUCCACCACCCCACCCUCCUCGAAUACUGAGCUCACCAGUAUUGCCUUAAACUCGCCAUUCACCAAAGUGCUCUGUGCCACUGUAACCUUUCAGCAAUGAAAACGCGAUUUAUACUUUCCGCAUCGUCGGACUGUUUAAGCGUUCUCCUCCUGACCUCUCUCUCAAAACGUGCUUUGGUAUGCCGUCAGUGGAUGAUUGCGAGUGUCUGUGCGUGUGUCUGCUUGUUUUCUCUCUGUAACGGGGAUUAUGGAGCUAGCCCCAUUUAUUUCAAUGCCUCUACACAGCCAUUAAAUCAGUGCGUGCUGCUGAUGAAGACGUGACGCAGUGAAUGUACUGUAGCAUCCAAAAUUUUAACUAACCACUAGUCCCUCAAUUUCAUCACUCAUCAUCAUAUAGGCCACCAUAACCAUAUAGGCCACCAUAGGGCCUUAUUGCCUGUGCAUGCUCCAACCCGUGCGUUACAUUGUCUGUUUCUACCCUUCUGCCAUAAAGGGACUGUUUUCUGUAUUAACUACACGCAAAUGCAAUGAAUAUUAAAUCACUGAUCUAAGCUAUCACACCAGCCUUAUUCCGUUCAGCAGGUUUCUCCUGCCAGGCCCAAAUGUUUUUUUUUUUUUGUUGUUGUUGUUGUUUGUUUGUUUUUUUUCCCCUUAAUUUAACUUUUACAUAUGCUGAAAGAUUUGCAGAAUGCAAUAGUUAUUGCCAGUUUUAUGCCUUACCAUGCAAAACGAGUUCAUACUAAAGUCAGCGUCGUUGUAGCAUUCGUUACUGUAUGCCUUCACUUAUUUUAAUGGUGGGAUUUCCUGUCGUUUCAAGCCUGUGGCCUAGGCAGGGAGGAAAGAGGCAUUUUCCUGCUGCAAAGAAACGGCGCUCUGAACCUGUUAUCAGCGCAUGAUUUUCGCCCUGCUGUUUCCUCUUUCACUAACUCGACCAUCACCUAAUCCGCAUUGUCCACGUUGCGUGCUGAAAUGUAAUGCCCUAUACCAUUUUAUACUGUAUUCGUAUAUUGUAUGUUUUUAGCGUGGGGGGAGAUCCGAGAACCCAUGCUGCUGUAUCUUUCUGCACACACUACAUCUACGACCUAGCUUCUCCUUUUCCGCUUUUACUGUCAUCCACGGUCAGCUUGUCAGUAUAUAAAAAGAGCCAGAGAGAAGAAAAGAAGAUAAACAUCCCACGCAAAAAUGUUUUAAAUGCAUCUAUUACAAGAAUAAUGACUUUAUUUUUUAACUCUCUAGGUUAAAACAGCUGUCAUGGAGGAAAAAGACUUGUAUCUUUUAACUUAAGCUCCCCUUUUCUGUUUUCCCCCUCCUCCAAUACCUUUAAUUAAAUCUGUGGCCUUUUGUUUGUUAUUUUGGAGAUUUGGGCUGUUUAUAUUUUAUUCAUGUUAACAGAAGUUUACUAAAGGAAGACAAGAACAAAUAAAGUGUUUUGGCCUUGCUUA